AUGAAACAACAAUUCAAAUUUGAAUUUAAGCAAGCUAGAAACAUUUUUGACAAGACUGUUCAGAAACGAAAGUGUGAACAUUGGCGAAAAACACAAGUGCAAUUACUUGAAUCAUGUGAUAAUAAACAGCCUGGUGAAUUCUGGAAAACCAUCGGGAAAAUAGGAGUUGGAAAGGAGAGAACAAAUGAAAUCCCAAUGGAAACAACGCUAGCAGACGGAAGCAUUACGACAUCACAAAAGAAAGUUCUUGACAAUUGGAAAGAUGCUUUUAAGUCACUAUUUACAAACAAUUAUGAUAUAAUGGAGCAUACGGAUAAUAUAGAUGCGUCAAAUACAGGCACGUUUAAUAGUGAUAUACUCAAUGAAGGCAUACCAAUAAAUGAAGUAGAGAGAGCGGUCAAAUCUCUUAAUUUGAAUAAGGCAAUGGGCAAUGAUGAGGUCCCGGCGGAAGCUAUUCAAUCCCUCACAUGCAUCGACUAUUUACAUAAACUAUUUUGUGUUUGUUUCGCCACAGGAAAGAUACCUAAAGUUUGGAGUGACGGAAUAAUUACACCAGUGUUAAAAAAUCCAAGUGCUGAUAAAACUGAUCCUGGAAAUUAUAGAGGGAUAACUGUAACUUCUGCUGUAUACAAAGCUUACUGCUCCGUACUAAAUGCACGUUUAGUUAAGUGGUGUGAGGAUAAUGAAAUAGUCUCGGACUCACAAAACGGAUUUCGACGAAAUAGAAGCACCGUUGACCACUUAUCGACACUGACGGAUAUCAUUGAAAACAGGAAAAAACAUAAACAGUCGACUUUUGUGUGCUUGGUCGAUUUCAGCAAAGCCUAUGACAGGAUAGAGAGACAAACCCUUUGGCAUAAAAUGUAG